UUCACGUUAAAAGAUUGCGCGCCGAUUGUCGGCCACGAAGUGAAGAGUUUUGACGACGAGAAGAAGCUGCUGAACGCGUGGGCAGACUUUGUCCGCGAAUGCGAUCCCGACCUCAUGACCGGCUAUAACAUACAGAACUUUGAUUUGGGUUAUCUUAUCGAUAGAGCCAAAUAUAUCAAGUGUAAUACAUUCGCCUUUUUGGGACGCAUCAAGAAAUGCCAGACAAAAGUGCGAAAAGUGAUCCUUCAGUCAAAACAAAUGGGAAAACGAGAGAACAAAGUGAUUAACAUUGAGGGAAGGGUUCAGUUCGACCUCCUCUUAGUCCUGUUGCGCGACUAUAAGCUCAGGUCUUAUACACUGAAUGCCGUGAGUUAUCACUUCCUUCAGGAACAGAAAGAAGACGUUCACCACUCCAUUAUCACUGAUCUCCAGAACGGCACCCGAGAGACGCGCAAACGUCUGGCCGUUUACUGUCUGAAAGACGCUUUGCUUCCAUUGAAACUGAUGGACAAAUUGAUGUGUAUUAUAAACUACAUGGAAAUGGCGAGAGUGACCGGAGUUCCGCUCUCUUACCUUCUGGCCAGAGGUCAACAAAUUAAAGUCAUAUCACAGUUACUGCGCAAAGCGUUAGAACAGGACCUUCUGAUGCCGACCCUAAAGCCAGAUCAGGGCGACGACUUUACCGGCGCUCUCGUCAUCGAACCCGUCAGAGGCUAUUACGGCGUUCCCAUCGCAACCCUCGACUUCGCCUCUCUAUACCCCUCUAUUAUGAUGGCUCACAACCUGUGCUACACAUCACUCCUUAACCCCAAGAAACUGAACGAAUUGAAUGAAAGUCAAUACAUCCGAACUCCGGCCGGAAGUUAUUUCGUGAAAGCAGACGUAAGGAAAGGUCUUUUGCCUGAGAUCUUAGAGGACUUACUGUCGGCCCGAAAGAAGGCUAAAGAAGACCUGAAGAAAGAGACGGAUCCGUUGAAACGCAAAGUGUUGGACGGAAGACAAUUGGCGCUGAAAAUCAGUGCCAAUUCAGUGUAUGGGUUCACCGGCGCACAGGUCGGCAAACUUCCCUGUCUUGACAUUUCGCAGAGUGUGACCGCUUUCGGCCGAAUGAUGAUCGAUAUGACCAAAAAUUGUGUCGAAGAGAUGUAUACUGUGGCCAAAGGUUACCCCAAAGACGCUCAGGUUAUAUACGGCGACACCGAUUCAGUUAUGGUUAACUUCGGCGUCGAAACAGUGGCCGAAGCCAUGAAAUUAGGACAACAGGCGGCCAUUGAGAUCACGAAGAAGUUUGUGAAUCCCGUGAAACUGGAGUUCGAGAAAGUGUAUUACCCGUAUCUACUCAUCAAUAAGAAACGAUACGCCGGUCUGUAUUGGACUAAACCCGAUAAACACGACAAAAUGGACUGCAAAGGCAUCGAAACCGUUCGUCGAGACAACUGUCCAUUAGUCGCAAAUAUGAUCACUCAAUGUCUUCAGAAGAUUCUCAUCGAUCGCAACCCUAACGCUGCGGUCGAGUUCGCCAAACAAACCAUUUCUGACUUACUCUGCAAUCGCGUCGACAUUUCAAACCUAAUUAUCACCAAAGAGUUGACCAAAACUGAUGGCGACUACGCGAGCAAACAGGCGCACGUGGAACUCGCCUCACGGAUGGCCAAACGCGACGCCGGAUCCGCUCCCAAACUCGGCGAUAGAGUGCCGUUUGUGAUCAUCGCUGCGGCCAAAGGGACGCCCGCUUACCAGAAGUCAGAGGAUCCGCUCUAUGUAUUGGAGAACAGUAUUCCGAUUGACACUCAAUACUAUCUCGAGAAUCAAUUGUCGAAACCAUUGAUCAGAAUAUUUGAGCCUAUUUUCAAGGAGAAGACCGAAUCCGUUCUUUUGCGCGGAGAUCACACCCGCACUAAGACUGUGGUCACUUCAAAGGUGGGCGCACUCUCCCGGUUCACCAGCAAACGUGAGACUUGUAUUAAAUGCAAAACACCCCUCAAAGACGACAGUUUGGCCACUUGUGACUACUGUGUGGACAAUGAGGACCAACUCUAUCAGAUUGAGAUACAAAAACUGAAUGACAUGCAAAUCAAGUUUAAUAAGUUGUGGACACAAUGCCAGAGAUGUCAGGGAAGUCUUAUGGAGGAAGUGAUCUGCACCAGCUGUGAUUGUCCUAUAUUUUACAUGAGAAAAAAGAUCAAAAUAGAGUUAACCGAUCAGCAGAAGAUCAUUAAACGAUUUGGUGUCCCGGACUGGUAGACCCGCACGGCAUCCCUGCUACCACAAUCACUAGCCUUUGGUUUUGACUGCAUUUAAGCACUUUUAUAAUCAUUUUUAUAUUGUACUGUAUUUCUCGAUGAUUGUUGAAAUCAAUUCCGUAUUUUUUAAAAUAAUAAAAACUGAUUAUUUAUACAAAAAAAA